AUGGGGAACCCUGGACUUUGUGGAGAGCCCCUUCCAAAGAUUUGUCCGGGAGAUGAAGCAUUUAACGAGUCGCAUGGAGAAGAUAUAGAGCUCACUCAACAAGACAAAGAUGAUGGUGAAGCCAUUUUGAGUCAUGCCACCCAAUACAACAUCAAGUGCAUCCGUGAGGAAAGAGAAGCCUUACUUCAGUUCAAACGAGGAAUUCAAGAGGACCAUUGUGGAAUACUUUCUUCAUGGGAAGGGCAUGAAGACGAUGUAGGUUGUUGCCAAUGGCGCGGCAUUCUUUGCAACAACCUCACAGGGCAUGUCAUGGCCAUCAAUCUUGGUGGUGUCGAAGCUGGUAAUGACCAUCAUUGUCUAGAAGGUAGAGUGACUACUUUCCUCCCUAGGUUGAAGCAUUUGAAAUAUUUGGAUCUUAGCUUCAACAACUUCUUAGGCCAACCUAUCCCUAAAUUUAUCAGUUCCCUUGCCAAUUUAGAGCACCUUAAUCUCUCAAAUUCCGGCUUUACAGGGAAAAUUCCUCAUGAAUUUGGUAAUCUUUCCCACUUAACAUCUCUUGAUCUUAGUGAUAAUACAGUUGUUGUCAAAAGCUUGGGUUGGCUCUCCCGUCUUACUUCAUUGAGUGUCGUAAACUUAAGUGACAUCGAUCUUAGUGAAGUACAAGACUGGUUACAAAUAAUUACCAACCUCCCUUUCUUAAAGGUCUUAAAGAUGGAUAGUUGUUAUCUUCCUUCAACAAUUCCAUCUUCACUUACAUUUAAAAAUUCAUCAUCCACCCUUCGUUUCCUUAGUCUUGCUCAUAAUAGUUUUGGUGAUCCUUCGAUAUUUCAAUGGUUGUUUAACUUGAGUGGAGUUAGUACUCACCUAGUCCAUCUUGACCUCUGUGAUAACUCACUUCCAGGUUCCAUCCCAAAUGGUUUUCAAAAAUUGCAUUCGCUUUCAUAUAUCGACCUCUCUUCUAAUGCAUUUGAAAGCCAUAUUCCAAAUUACUUUGGAAAUAUGCAUUCCCUUUCACAUCUUGAUCUCUCUGCUAAUAACUUGAGCGGUUCCAUUUCAAGUUGUUUUAAAAAUAUGCAUUCCCUAUCAUACCUCGAUGUCUCUGGUAAUUCACUUGGAGGUCAAAUUCCUGAAAUGAUUUCGAGCCUAAAAUAUCUCAUUCAUCUCGAUUUGUCUUGGAAUAACUUUCAUGGACGCGUUCCAAAAACCAUUGGUAAGUUGUGUAGCUUACAAUUCUUGGAGUUAAGCUACAACAAUCUCACAGGAGAUCUUACCGAUGUCAUCCAAAUCUUAUCUGUGUGUUCUUACAAGUCACUGAGGUUUUUUAGUUUGGAAAACAACCAUUUUGGGGGGUCAAUUCCUAACAAUAUCGAAACGUUCUCUUUGUCGAGGCAACUUUAUCUCGAUGGCAACCAGCUGAACGGAACAAUUAGUCAAGGGAUUGCAAAACUUUCUAUGCUUGAGACCUUGCGCCUUUCUACAAACUCUUUGAUAGGUACUAUCUUUGACAGCCAUUUUGCAAAUUUAUCGAGUUUACGCAAUUUGUACUUGUCAGAAAAUCCUAGAUUGUUGGUUAAUAUUAGUGUUGAUUGGCUUCCCCCAUUUCAGCUAGACACCAUAUAUUUAAGCUCUUGCAAGGUAGGCCCUCAUUUCCCAAAAUGGUUACAAACCCAAACCCAAAUCUCAUGGAUUGACAUAUCAAUAGCCGAAAUUUCAGACAUUGUUCCUGCUUCAUUUUGGAGCUCGUUAUCAUCCAAAUUGGAGUAUCUGAAUAUGUCUCACAAUAACAUUCAUGGGAUACUACCUAAUAAUUUGUCGAUCACCCUUAGCGAACUCCCUCAGAUAGACUUGAGCUCAAAUUCCUUAGAGGGUGCAAUCCCUUCAUUUCUUGGAAAUAUUUCCUCAUUAUCCUUAAAUGAUAACAAGUUUUCUGAUGCAUCUUCUUUUUUGUGUCCAAAAAAUAAGAUGGUCCUUUCUAAUCUUGACCUCUCAAAUAACUUGUUAUCGGGUGAGCUUCCUGAUUGUUGGAUGUACUUCGAUAAGCUAUCAAUCCUGAGUUUAGAAAACAAUAACUUAACUGGAAAGUUAUCAGCAUCUAUUGGUGCCCUGAAAAAGCUCCAAGCAUUGCACUUGCGACACAACAACUUUUCGGGUGAACUACCCAUCUCCUUACACAAUUGCACAUCUUUGGUUCUCCUAGAUGUUGCAUAUAACGCGUUUACUGGCUAUCUACCUCAAAGGAUUGGGAACAAUCUAAAAAAUCUCGGUAUUCUCAGCCUUCGAAGUAAUAGUUUUUCAGGGGUUCUGCCUUCAAGUCUUUGUCAACUUUCACAUCUACAAAUCUUGGAUCUUUCACAUAACAACUUCUCAGGAAAGAUCCCAAGAUGCAUAUACAAUUUAACGGCCAUGACAAGCACAGCAGAUUUGUUGCCUGAUAUAUUAUAUCAGUACGAUUUUUCUGUACUAGUCACGUACUUUGAUUCAGCAUUUGUCAUGUGGAAAGGAAAGGACCAAAUCUUCAGAAAUUCUCUAGGACAAGUUAAGUUCAUUCAUAUGUCGAACAAUGUGCUUGAAGGCGAUAUUCCUGAAGGCAUUUCUAGUCUCAUCGGUCUUAUUUCAUUGGACUUGUCCGGCAAUAAGUUGAAUGGAAGUAUUACUCCCAAGAUAGGACUGCUGACAGCACUAGAAUUGCUUGAUUUGUCCAGCAACAAUCUUUCUGGCGCGAUCCCAGCAACUUUUACUAAUCUUAAUUUUCUAGGAAUGCUGAACUUGUCAUACAACCACUUGUCCGGAAGAGUUCCAACAGGCACUCUACUGCAAGGCUUUGAUGCCUCAGCAUACAUGGGAAACCCCGAGCUUUGUGGAGCUCCACUAGCGAUAUGCCCUGGAGAUGAACCACCUAACAAUAAUACAUGGAACGGAAAUGAUGAUGUCGCUCAACAAGAUGUGAAUGAUGAUCUCUUUCCAGGAUUGUAUAUAAGUGUGGAAUUUGCAGAAGUGUACUGUUCGAGAGUCAAGGAGAAGCUGAUACAAAUAGUACCUUUAUAA